AGCAGCCUUAAAUGCCCUUUUAGAAUUCGCAAUUCCCCCUCUCUCAGCCCUGUUAGAAUUCGCAAUUCCCUCUCUCUCUCUCUCUCUCUCUCUCUCUCUCUCAGAGUGAUGGGCAAGACAUCUCCAAGAGAAGAGAUGGGAAAGACAUCUCCAAACUUGCUGCUCGUCCUAUCUGCUCUCGUCGCUCGCUGCGCGAAGCACGCGACCCGACUCUCGAAGAAGCUCAGUAGCAACGGCGAGCAGAGUAAUUCGAAAAUCGCACCGAGGUCGCCGCUCGCUUCGUCGAAGCAGCUACUGACGACUCUCAGCAACAAGGCCAUCGUCCCCUUCUUGCACAAGAAAAAGAUCGCAGAGGAGAAGUCCGAGGGGUCUUCAUCGGAAGACGGAUGGUUGUGGCAGAGGGAAAUCUUGAUGGGGGAGAAGUGUCAGCCGUUGGAUUUCUCGGGCGUCAUCUAUUACGACAGGGAGGGGAAGCAAUUGUCGGAAAUCCCACUGAGGUCUCCACGUUGCGGGAGCCCGUUGCAUCAGAGCUUCUCUUUUCCAACGACUUUGGUGGAGAAAGGCGGGAACUAUUAACGGCCGUUAAUAGUAGUCUGUGUUUAACGGUUUCUUCUUCUU